AUGGGCAACUAUAUAUCUUGCACCUUAUCAGGACCAGGAGGCAACAAGCAAUCCAGAGGUGUAAAAGUCAUACUCCCAAGUGGUGAAAUAAGUCAUUUUUAUCAACCAAUCAAAGCAGCAGAGCUCAUGUUGGAAACUCCUAAUUUCUUUCUUGUAAACACAAGGUCACUUCAUAUAGGCAGAAGAUUUUCUGCACUUAAUGCUGAUGAAGAUCUUGAAAUGGGAAAUGUUUAUGUCAUGUUUCCAAUGAAAAGAGUGAAUUCUUUUGUUACAGCAGGUGAUAUGGGUGCUUUAUUACUUACUGCUAACUCUGUUUCUUCCAAAAGGGUGUCAAUUGGAAAAUUCAGGAUCUUGCCUGAAUGUGCAGAGUCAUCUGCUGUGGAAGUUAAAGAGAUUCAGAGUAAUUAUUAUGAACAAACAGCUUUGCCCAAGUUGAAUUUGGAUGAUAUUGAAGAUUUUUCAACUGAAGAAUUCAAGCAAAGGUUGUCUAUGUGUAGGUCAAAGAAACCAUUGUUGGAAACUAUUGCUGAAGAACCAGUUUGUUCAAGAUGA